CACACAUGACACAUGCGGCGAGAGAGAGCAGCGGGCGGAGCAGGCGCGCACCGAAAAAAAAGCCAUAAAAAGAGAGCUCGAAGCGGGAUCGAGCGGAGGAAGAGAUCCUCUGCUACUCACUUGCCGAGCCAGCUCACCCUCCAAGCUCGCACGAGCUCCCAGAUCCCAAUUUGUCCCCAGCGCGCGCGCGGGCCGGGGGAGGAGGAGGAGGAGAGCUCAGAUGGCGAUGUCCGCGGGGCCGCUGCUGGCCGCCCUACUACUGCCGGCGCUCCUGCUCUCCGCCGCCUCCGCCGCCGACAGCACGAACAACCCUGCCGAUCAGCUCGUGUCAUUGGUCAACAGCAACCGUACUGCCAGCAAGGCCUCCUCUCUUUCUGAUAAUCAAGGUCUGGGAUGCAUUGCUCUGCAAUACAUCAAAGCAUAUCAAGGCCAAUGCAGCGAUGUGCGUGACAAGAAGCCUCCGGAGUCCAGUUUCGCCGAGAAAUUCGCCCCGGACUGUGGUGUCCAAGUGGCAACGCUCUCUAAGAUCACCGGGAGGCUCGUGGCUUGCCAGUCCAAGUACCCCUCUCCACCUGAGGCCUUGGACAUCCUGGUCAACGACGCCAAGGACCUUCAGGUGCUGCACAGCAAGAACCACACGGAGAUCGGGGUGGCCGUGAGCGGCACCGACGGCGGUGGGCCGUACUUCUGGUGCGUCCUGUUCAGUGGCGGGAAGCCCGCCACCAGCUUCAAGGUGGACGGCGAAGUGCCCAAGACCGCCAUGCACCCGGGAUGCUUCAGUGGCAACAACGACGACUGCGCGGGUCCGAGUCCGACGAAUGGCGCCGUUCCGACCAUCGCUGGUGCGUCGAGGCUGGUGGCAGCCCUUCUUUUUGUUAUGGCUUGUGCCUUGGCUUUGUGAGCUUGGGUAGGGAUGCUGUUUCCCACCAUUCUUUUGCUUUGUGAGGAAAGGAGCAGGACACCCUCCUGUUGCAGUGUUGCGCCAUUCUUUUGCUUGUUUGAGCAGAGCAGGUGAACUAUGUAAGGAUCUAUAUCAUUGUUCAGCAUUUGAGACUGUCGGUUACCUGUUCAGAAUGUUCAUCAAAGUAGUUUUGUGCACAAUCUUCA